UCUCAGCUCCUGUGUCCUCUGUUCAGCUCGUCCCUCAGUGUUUAUCUCAGGGACAGAUGAAGGUGUCCUGUGUGUCUCAAGGCGACAGUCCUCAAUACAGCUGGACUCUGGAUGGACACAAACUGACAGACUCUGAGCUCUUCUCUGGAAAUAGCGGGGCCAACAUCAUCGUUCUGAGACAAAACAUCCUAGGACAUCUGGUCUGUUCAGUCAGCAAUCAAUUCAGUAACUCAUUCAAAGGGAUGAACUUAACUUAUUGUGCGGUGAAACCUUCCUGUGAUGCCAGACAGAAUGGAGCUCAGUGUUUUGGAGCUUUGGGAGGAGCAGUAGACGUUCAGCUGAUGGACAACAUGUUAGCAAUACCCAUAAUCCAAUGGACAAUGAAUUCCUCUAUAAUAUUCAUCUGGAGGUAUGGCAGAAUGGUUAUAAUCAAAGACAACAUAAUUCCCGUUUUUCCCAGUAACGGAACAGUCAGGAUCAAUGACCUGAGAAGGAAUGACAAUGGUGAAUAUAAACUUGAAAUGUUUGAUAGAGAUGGAAAAAUAACAGGAAAGAAAACUCUCCAUCUAUCUGUUAUAGCUCCUGUGUUUCCUGUUCAGCUCGUCCCUCAGUGUUUAUCUCAGGGACAGAUGAAGGUGUCCUGUGUGACUCAAGGUGACAGUCCUUUGUACAGCUGGACUCUGGAUGGACACGCACUGACAGACUCUGAGCUCUUUUCUGGAAAUACUGAGGCCAACAUCAUCAUUCUGAGACAUAACAUACUAGGACAUCUGGUCUGUUCAGUCAGGAAUGAAAUCAGUAACUCCUCCGAAGGGAUGAACUUGACUCACUGUGUGGUGAAACCUUCCUGUGAUGGCAGAAAGAAUGGAGCUCAGUGUUUUGGAGCUUUGGGAGGAGUAAUAGACAUUCAGCUGAUGGACAACAUGUUAGAAAUACCCAACUUCGAAUGGACAAAGAAUAACUUUGUGAUUCUACAUUGGAGGUUUAACUCAGUUGUUAGUAAAAGAAGGAACAUGAUUCCCAUUUUUCCCAGUAAUGGAACAGUCAGGCUCUAUGACCUGAGAACGACUGAUCGCGGUGAAUAUAAACUUGAAAUGUUUGAUGGAAAAGGAAAAAAGACAGGAUGGAGACUGCUGCAACUAUCUGUUAUAGCUCCUGUGUCCUCUGUUCAGCUCGUCCCUCAGUGUUUAUCUCAGGGACAGAUGAAGGUGUCCUGUGUGUCUCAAGGCGACAGUCCUUGGUACAGCUGGACUCUGGAUGGACGCCCACUGACAAACUCUGAGCUCUUCUCUAGAAAUACUGAGGCCAACAUCAUCGUUCUGAGACAAAACAUCCUAGGACAUCUGGUCUGUUCAGUCAGGAAUGAAGUCAGUAACUCCUUCAAAGGGAUGAACUUAACUCACUGUGCGGUGAAAACUUCAUGUGAUGGCAGAAAGAAUGGAGCUCGGUGUUUUGGAGUUUUGGGAGAAGCAAUAGACAUUAAGCUGAUGGACGACUUGUCAGCAGCAGUUAGCUUAAAUUGGAUCAUGAAUCGUGUUGUGAUUCUAAAUUGUAUAUUGAACAAAGUUGUUACUAAAAAGAACAACAUAAUUCCCGUUUUUCCCAAUGAUGGAAUAGUGAGGAUCAAUGACCUGACGAGGGAUGACAGUGGUGAAUAUAUACUUUAUGUGCAUAAUGAAGAAGAUAGACUGGAAAGGAAAACUCUGCAACUUUCUGUAAUAGCUCCUGUGUAUCCUGUUCAGCUCAUCUCUCAAUGUUUAUCUGAGGGACAUAUGAAGGUGUCCUGUGUGUCUCAAGGUGACAGUACUUUGUACAGCUGGACUCUGGAUGGACACGCACUGACAAACUCUGAGAUCUUCUCUAGAAAUAAUGAGGCCAACAUCAUCGUUUUGAGACAAAACAUCUCAGGAUAUCUGGUCUGUUCAGUCAGGAAUAAAGUCAGUAACUCCUCCGAAUGGAUGAACUUAACUCACUGUGUGGUGAAAACUUCCUGUGAUGGCAGAAAGUCUGCAGCUCAGUGUUUUGGAGCUUUGGGAGGAACAAUAGACAUUCAUCUGAUGGACAACGUUAAUGGAACAGUCAGGAUCAAUGACCUGACAAGGAAUGACAGCGGUGAAUAUUACCUUGAAAUGUUUGAUAGAGGUGGAGAAAAGACAGGAUGGAAAACUCUGCAACUUUCUGUAAUAGCUCCUGUGUAUCCUGUUCAGCUCGUCCCUCAGUGUUUAUCUAAGGGACAGAUGAAGGUGUCAUGUUUGUCUCAAGGCGACAGUCCUUGGUACAGCUGGACUCUGGAUGGACACAAACUGACAAACUCUGAGAUCUUCUCUAGAAAUAAUGAGGCCAACAUCAUCGUUUUUGAGACAAAGCAUCCCUAG